AUGGCUCCAUUCGACUUCACCGGCGACGUGGCCAUCGUCGCGGGUGCGGGCUCCCGUCUACCAGGCGAAAUCGGCAACGGCCGCGCCACAGCCAUUCUCCUCGCCCGACAAGGCGCCAAAGUCGCCCUCCUAGACAUCAACACCGACUGGGCCGCCGAGACCAAACGCAUGAUUGACUCCGCAGGCGGCACCAGCGUCGUCAUCCACACAGACGUGACGGACGAGGAAUCCUGCAAGCGCGCCGUCGCGACGACGGUAUCCCACUUUCAAGACACUCCCAUCCACAUCCUCGUCAACGUCGUGGGCGUAGGCGGUGCAAUGGGCGACGUCACAACGCUCGACCUCGCCGCCUGGGACCGCGACAUGCGCAUCAACGUGACCAGCAUGGUUCUCAUGGCGCGGCACGUGAUUCCCGAGAUGCGUCGCAGCGGGCGCGGUGGCGUUAUUGUCAACAUGUCCUCCGUGAGCGGGCUGCUCGGCGGUAAUCCUUCCUUGCUGUACCCGACGUCCAAGGGCGCGGUGAUCCAGAUGACGCGCGCCAUGGCGGCGCAGCAUGGCGAGGAGGGGAUUCGUGUGAACUGCGUGUGUCCCGGCAUGGUUUAUACGCCGAUGGUGCGCAGAGGGGGGAUGAGUGAGGAGAUGAGGCAAGCGAGGCGGAACCAGAAUUUGCUCAAGACUGAGGGCACGGCGUGGGAUGUCGGGUAUGCCGUGCUGUUCUUGUGCAGUAAAGAGGCGAGAUGGAUCACUGGGCUCAUCAUGCCCGUGGAUGGCGGGACCACGGCGGGCAAAUCGGUGGGCGAUCGGCCGGCGCUCAAGGCUGACGUCCUGGCCGAGGAGAUGACGGGAAUACCUAACAGUACCUAG